CCAGUUACUCGAACACAGGUUGGCUUCAUGGGCUCUCCUACACUCAGUUAUGAUCAUCUUUCUACUUUACCUCAUGGAAACUUUUCAGCACUUGAGUUCACUAAAUGGAUACGUGAUAUUUCUGCUCCUUGCAACAAUCAGCACAGGGUCAGCAUGUGAAGCUCCUUCCAGUCCUCUGUGCUUCCGACAAGAUGAAGACAAGAAUGUUUACAUCUGUGAAUGGGAUUUCAACACCAAUGAAACAGACGUGACAUUUGACUUGUACUUUAAUGACAGUUCUGAAAUUCCCAAUAAUGAAAAAAUUGGAGACAUUAAGGAGAACCACAUAGAGCUCGGUGAGGAAAGACUGAUAGUUACUUUAAGAGUUGACAUGUGGGUGAAGGCUCGUGCUGGAAAAUCUAUCUGCACCUCACCUAUAUGGUCUGGAAUAUUGCAACAUACAGUUAAAUAUGAACCACCACAAAAUAUAAAUGUGUCCUGGUUGAGAAACGAUCUCAGCUUGAGUUGGGAGUCUAAAUAUCCAUCUGUAGCUGAGGUCUGGUUCAGGAAAGAUCACACAGAAUCAUGGGAAAAAAGACUAAUGAAUACUACCAAUAAAGCUCCUAUGCAAAUACUCCUUGUUGUGAAUCUUCUGAAGAAUACAGCUUACCAGGUUCAAAUCAGACAGAGGUCCAUCCAGGCUGCAAACCCGCUGUGGAGCGACUGGUCACCAGUUGUGAUGGUUCCUGCAGAAUUUGAACAACCUCCUUUAGUUCGGAGCACAACAACACUCUUAAAUGGCACUCGACAAGUCAACCUGACUUGGGAGCGGAUGCCCCAGGCAGCAGCCGUGACAGGGGUGACUUAUAUCGUAGACGUCACACAAUCCUUCCUAAGGUGUCCCUGUAACACUGUAGGGGGGACGAGGAAGAAGAAGAGUCACAAUAUCAAGCUGAACAGACACACUGUUUAUGUGUCAUACUCAGCCGCCAACAUCACUGUUAUUGCCAGAAACGCGGCAGGGUUGUCUCCUCCAGCAGUCGUGCAUGUGCCAGCUGCUUCUGCCCCAGAUUUAAAAACUUGUGAUGAAACAAUGCUGGAUAAGAAAUUAAAGAAACACGUGUGCCUUGAGUUUUACGAGCUCCAAGAUGCAGAUUUGAUACCAGAAAGAGUUUGGUGUUUAACGUCAGAGAACACAACAAACAAAAGAAAGGAAAUCAAAGACAACAUGAAGGACUACACACGCUACCUUUACUUUGAACACAAAUGUCAGGAUGGCAAACCACAAACGAGGAAAAUGUGCCUAUACUAUAAGAAAGAGGGUGUGCCAAGCAAAGAGCCACAGAACUUCAUGACUGUUUCUGACACACACGACUCUGCUGAUCUAACCUGGAAACAAAUUUCAUAUGAGCACCUCCGUGGCUUCCUCACACACUACAAAUUAUGUACUGUAAAAAUAAAUUCACAGAGCAAGCCUCCAGAGUGCAUCAACAAAUCCGCAUCAGCAACAAAACACCAUCUGAAAAAUUUAACACCGGCGACCAAAUACAACGUCACCCUGGCCGGAGUGACACAAACAGGAGAAGGGCCGGUAGCCAUGGAGAGUUUUACCACACUGCGAGAGAAGCCUUUCAAUGUGUGGAUAAGCUUUGGAUUGUUGCUUGGGUUUUUCCUCUUCUCAAUAUUUUGCACCGUUGUCCUAAAGAGAAUCAAAACCAAGGUGUUCCCUCCUGUGCCGAAACCCGUGAUGCCAGACUUCAGUCUUCGUCCACCAGAGAGCGAGGAGAUGUGGGAGAGGAAAGAGGAAGUGCACGAGGUCACCCUACACAGGCUCAUUCCAGAUCAGAAACCCGUUUCAGAGGCCACAGUCCUGAAGGGCGAAUGGGAUGAUGAGGCAGGGCGGCAGGCGGAGAAGGACGGGUGCUGCUCGGGAGAAUCUGACGAUGAGAGAUCGAGUGUUGCCUCAGGAGAUGACACUUUGAGGAAAGCAGACUUGAAGGGCCUGGAACAGGUGGAGACAGAGCUGGCCAUGCUGAUAUACAGGAAUGGUUUGGUGUUUGAUGUGAAGUCAGAAUCACUUUGAGUCACUUUAACUAUUCAACUGCCUCAACAGCACAAGACUGUGCAAGCAUUGGACAGAGUUGCUGACAAAUGUUUCCCUUUGUAAAUAAAACUGUUUAUACAAAUGUGAUUUUUUUAAUUUAAUUUUGUAUUUCUUUUUCGUUUACUUUGUGUGUAUUUUCUGAAAGUUACUGAUGUCUAACUCAACAUGAAUUCAAUAAGGUGCCAGUAUUAUAUCAGAAAGCAGAAUAAUUCACUACUGCUUCAUUUUUGCACAUUAAUAUUUUUCACACUUUUCAAAAGAUGGAAGGGAAAUCCUGAGCUGGUUUGUAGCAUUUUCAUAUCUUCAUUGUAUUUUUCUUUUACUGCCUAUUAAAGUCCAAGUAGUCAGUA